CCUAAAUUAAUCUUCUUAUUUUGUAAGAGUACCACAUCUUACCUUUUUGUGUAUGAGGAAUACGAAGGAACGAAACAAAGAAAUCUGCAGUGGUGUUAUGGGCCACCACCAGCAAGGGCUAGGGAGAAGAUUGUUGCUACUGGUGCUCCUGCAAAUGAUGACAAAUGUUGAACCAAGCUAUGCCACCAGAGUUUGUGGAAAACAGGGAUAUCUGAACCGGAUUGUAGGGGGUACAGAUUCCCGGGAUGGAGAGUGGCCUUGGCAAGUGAGCAUCAGGUUGAAUGGGGACCAUCACUGUGGCGGUUCUCUUGUCACAGAUCGGUGGAUCAUCACAGCUUCACAUUGUUUUAGUCUGAUCAACAAUCCUUCUAAUUUUACUGUACUAGUUGGAGCACUGAAGCUUUCAGACCCAGGGCCUCAUUCAAUCAUAGCCUCCGUAAAGCGCAUUAUUCUCAAUCCCGCUUAUGAAGGGGAUUCAAGGAUUGGAGACAUUGCCCUCGUCCAGCUGGAGCAGCGACUGCCUCUCAUCCAACAGAUCAGCCCCAUCUGUGUCCCCAGUGCCAACGUCAACUUCCUCCCAGGACAGAAGUGUUGGGUCACUGGCUGGGGGAACAUUCGAAGCAAAGAAGGACGGCAGAACUCUGAUAUACUACAAAAGCUAGAAGUUCCCAUAAUCAGCACAAAAAAAUGCAACUCUCUCUACCGCCAGGACUCUAGACAGCCCAGGUCCUCAAGAGAAAUUAAAGAAGAUAUGUUAUGCGCUGGCUUUGCAGCUGGACAACGGGAUGCUUGCCAGGGUGAUUCAGGAGGCCCACUGGCCUGCCGGAUGGAAGAUUUUUGGUUUAUCGCAGGAGUAGUGAGCUGGGGAGAUGGGUGUGCCCAGAAGAAUCGUCCUGGAGUUUAUGCAAGAGUGGCGUACUACCAGAAAUGGAUCCACAGUCAAAUACCAGAGCUUAGAGACACCCGUUGGUCAAGGGUGGUGUGCCACUUGCGCCCCUUCCUGGAUCAGGAGGCCUUGCUCACAGAGACUAGUGUCCUUGUAACCUUUUGUUUAGACUACUUCAAUGCAUUCUACCCCAAAGAGCAUUCAACAGGAGAUACUUCAUUUCUCCUACUGGUAGAGAUGGUUUUACUUGGCAGUGAUGGUGAAAUAAGCUAUCUUAUUGCCAAAAAUGCUGCAGUACCUUUGUUUUCCUGUGAGGGUCACCCAACAUCUUGGGGAGGAAAUUUAGAUCAGAAAGUCAAUGCAGAAGAAAAAGAUAAAUUCCAAGGCAUUUUUGAGAAUAGGCAAAAUCCAUCAGAAAAUUCCAUUCAGAAAUUUCCCAACAUUGUUAGUGACUUAAAACCAUAG